GGACAUGAGAAAAUGUCUCCUCCAAAUUAUACUGAAGUAACUGAAUUCAUCCUGUUGGGUCUAACUGAGGAUCCAGAACUACAGAAGAUACUUUUCAUUGUCUUUCUACUUAUCUACACCAUCACUCUGGUGGGGAAUCUUGGCAUGAUCAUGCUGAUUUGUAAGAGUCCACGACUGCACACUCCCAUGUACUUUUUCCUCAGUCAUCUCUCCUUUGUUGAUUUAUGUUACUCUUCCAACAUCACCCCUCAGAUGCUAAUUCAUUUCCUAUCAAAGAGAAAAGUCAUCUCCUAUGCAGGAUGUUUUAUCCAGUGUCUUUCCUUCAUUGCCCUGGUGAUUACAGAGUUAUAUAUCCUUUCUUCAAUGGCCAUUGAUCGCUAUGUGGCCAUCAGCAGCCCUCUGCAUUACAGCACCAAAAUGAGCCAGAAUGUUUGCCUCUGCUUGGUCAUUGUUCCCUAUGUCUAUGGCUUCCUGAAUGGCCUUUCCCAGUCCCUAUUGACCUUUCACUUGUCCUUCUGUGGACCCAAUGAAAUUAACCACUUCUACUGUGCUGAUCCUCCUCUCCUGUUACUGUCUUGCUCUGAUGUCUAUGUCAAAAAAAUGGCCAUGUUCAUAGUAGCUGGCUUUACUCUCUUAAGCUCUCUCCUCACCGUUCUCUGUUCUUAUGUUUUUAUCUUUGCUGCUAUUUUGAGAAUCAGAUCUGCUGAAGGGAGACGUAAGGCUUUUUCUACCUGUGGGUCCCACCUGACUUCUGUCAUUCUGUUCUAUGGAACUCUCUUUUGCAUGUACUUAAGACCUCCUUCUGAGCAGUCUGUGGAAGAAUCCAAAGUGAUUGCUGUCUUUUAUACCUUUGUGAGUCCCAUGCUAAAUCCCUUGAUCUAUAGCCUCAGAAACAAGGAUGUCAAUGAGGCCAUGAAAAAAGUAUUUCAGAAAAAACCUUUCAUGAAAAUGGCUGGAUAA